GUCAAUUUGGAUGGUCAACACCAUUGACCGUUAGUCAACACGCCAUGUCAUUGCCUCGUCAGCCUAAAAAUCAUUAAUUCUCACCAAGAUUUUCAAUCCUUUUACUUUUCAAGUCUUUCUUUUUAAUCGUAGAUCGUAGAGAUUUUCACAACAUCAUUCGGCUAGAUAAUGUUUCAAGCAGUCGAAGUAGGGGUACAUGGGCCGGCUCGGAUCGAUAUUUAAACAUACUUGCCCUAUAUUGCACCCAUUUAAGGUUUAUACUUGGGCCUUAGGUGGGAUUUAAGUGUGAUAUUCGGGUUGAGGUAGAGGCAAAUGGUGGCGACAAGGAGAGACGAAGGGAGGGGGAGGCGGCAGUUGGAGGCUACAGAGGGGGGUAGAGUGGGAGGAGAGUGGGAGGCAGAUGGUGGCGACAGGGAGAGGGAGGCGACUUGGAGGCAUAGGGAGUGGGGCGGUGGAGAGCAACGGUAUGGAGAGAUUGAGGGAGGGGGAGGCGACAACGAAAGGUGGAGGAAGUCUCGCCAGAUAUUGGUUAUGGAUAUUCUCUCAUACAUGCUUACAAAGCUCAAGAAGAUGGUGGAAUUACAAGUUUCUAUAUUGAUGAUGACCAUAAUCAAGCGAAGGACACUCACUUAGUAUUUGUUGUUGACACAUUGAUUUUCUAUGAUGCUUCCUAUGAUCAGGUUCUUAAUAUUCUAGCAACCCUCGUGUGGUUCCAAACCAUCACAGGUGGAAAUAUCCAUGACGUGUUUUUAUAGUUGUCGACUGAUUUUCGUUUGAGGGUGGAGAAUUCCACACUAAAUUAUACAUUAGAAAAUUUAGAAUAAACCACUAGUGAUGCGUAACUAUGUAAAAUGUAGAGUUAUUUAUAUAAUGUGGAAGGUUAAUAUGUGGUACAAAGUUCUCUAUAAUAUGUUAGUAGACUAGUAAAACUACUAAACAUGAGGUGUUUGAUUUGAAUAUUAUAGGUAUUAUACAAAUAUUGUUAUUUUCGUGUCUUAAUCUCGAGCCAAGGUGGGUCCCGAGCUAGCUGAGCCACUUGGUAUAGGAUAGGGUGAAUCAAAGGUUUCAUCGUUGGUUGGAUAGCGGUGUUAAAUUAAUAGAUCAUGUCCAGGGUGAAUUAUCGCAAGAACAAUGGCAUCAAACAGUGGUGAGCUUAACCAUCGAAUCAGGUGAGUGGUCUUGGGCUCAAUUCAGAGCUGAUACAUACGAUAAGUGAAGGAAAGACCCACAUCUCAUAGCGCCCGGGGAACACAAGUUUGAAUGAAGGCUAGAAGAAGAGGGGGGGGGGUUAGGGGGACGUCAGUCUUUUUCCUAUAGUUGUCUUCCCAGAAACUGGGUUUAGGAAUUGUCCACCUAAGCGCCCUGAAGAGCAGUGACUCAGUUGCAGCGCACCAAUUGAGAGAUACACUAAAUGUAUCAAAGCUCAAUCGAAAAAAAGAGCAAUCAAUUAGAUCCUUACGUUACGCUCCUGGGACUCCUCUCCUCGGCACAGGGAGUACGGGCCUUCAUCUCCAGGAGAAAAGCAUCGAGUGUGCGGGCGCAGCUUUCGACAAAACAAAUUCAUUCAUUCUCGAAGUUAUUAGGAAUGCAGCAAAUCCCCGGCCGUGCUGGUUCUUCCCUCCACACGUUCUCAACCUGAUCGAUAAAGUGAAGUACCUAGAAUUGGAAGAAAAAGAUUUCAAUGACUGUUCAAAAUUGAACCUAUACCUUUUCGAUUGAGAUUCCAAACAAAUUCUUUUUUCUUAUUCAAUUUUUUAUUGCGUUGAUAGCUCUUUUCUUUAAAGCUUAUGCCGUAGAAGCUGACAUCCGGCUACUUCUUAUGGUGAACGGGCACCGAUUGAUUGGGUUUAGAAAAGGUCUUCCGUACCACCGCAGCCUAUUCGUGUUUAGCCUUAAAUUGACUCUUCUUUUUUAUAGAGGAACUCGAGUUGGACGUCCCAUCCGUACUUGAGAAGCGGCUAGCUAAACCAGGAUCUAGACGUAGCAUAUAAUAAGCACCCAGGAUCUGAAAGAGAAGAAAAACUUUCCGGAAUGGCUUCCCCUUUAUUUAGUAGCUUCUGCAAGCAUAUGCUAGCUGUGCAAGAAGGGAGAGGAGAGUAUUAAAUAUUGAUCAUAUUUUUGUCGACUGCUAUCAUGAAAUUGCAACCCCAUCAUAAAAUCAAACUAUAUGUCAUUUGAGAGCACUUCUACUAUGCUAUAUAGUAUUGAUGCUUUAAUGUACAACUCAAAGUUGUACCAUAACAUUAAAUGUAUAAGUUUAGG